AGAGCAAUAUUAACCUUUGUCUCAUUGGCCCAGUCUUAUGAUGGUUUCAAAACAAAAACAAACUCAUGCCCACCUCACGUUUCUCGAAGGAAGUUUUAAUAAACACUUUUAAUUUUGUUUUCGUGGUGUAUAUUUCAACAUGACUAGUGCAAGGGCUACUACUUAUUUUGAUCCCCGAGCCCCAGCUGUUGUUUUAAAGAGUUUGUUUCUAAAAUACGAUAAAGAUGGAAAUGGCCAGUUAAGUAAAACAGAGUUAGAAGUUCUGUUUAAAAACGAUUUAGGCUUUAACAAAGAACAAAGUGAAGCUUAUGCAUUGCUCCUGGAUAAAGACGGUAAUGGGGAAGUAUCGUUUGAAGAAUUUAACAGCUGGUUAAAAAGUGGUGAGAAAUUUAAAAAUAUUAAUGACAAAUCUCGAUAUCACCGUCUGAAAAAAGCAGUGGAUUUGUUUAAGAAAUUUGACGUAGACAACAGUCAAGCACUCGAUCGUGACGAAUUCAAAAAAUUGUUCCAAGAAGUAGGAGGGAAACCAAACAAAUUAGAUGCUGCCCUAGCUGAGCUCGACCGUGAUGGCAAUAAUAAGAUUUCAUUUCAAGAAUUUUUAAGGUGGUUAAAUUGGAUCCCAAUGGAUGACAUGUAAGCUGGAAUGUAAAAGAACAAUUCCAAAACAUUUUUUAAAAUUAUGAAAUAUUUAAUUAUUUUACAGACAAAAACACAAUUAAUUUUUAUAGUUUUUUAUUUAAUAAAUUUUUAAGAAAUUGUUUUAAUUUUUU